AUUGUUGCGCGGAACAGCGCGCGCGACGGGCGUGUGAUGCGCGCGUAGUCAGUAAUCACGAAGCAUGGAGUCCGCCGUGGACUCAGCGUCGACCGCGAGCGAGGUGAGCGGCUCCUCCGGGGGCUCGCCGAGGGUGAAGGCUGCGUCGCCAGCACGCGCGCUAAGCCCGCCGCAGCUGCUGGCACCGCGGCUGCCGUUGCCGCCCCCGGGACUCGGCCUGCUGGGCUCGCUACAGAUGAUGCACCACUCGCCCCUCGAGCUCAUGGCGGCGGCCCAUCACCAUGGCCCGCCGCGAUACGGCAGCCCACCGCCCAUCUCUACAUCCGACCCUUCCGCUAACGAGUGCAAGCUUGUUGACUAUCGUGGACAGAAAGUCGCAGCGUUUAUUAUACAAGGCGACACGAUGUUAUGCCUGCCGCAGGCGUUCGAACUGUUCCUCAAGCACCUGGUCGGCGGGUUGCACACAGUGUAUACGAAACUUAAGAGACUGGACAUAGUGCCACUGGUGUGCAAUGUGGAACAGGUGCGCAUUUUGCGCGGCCUGGGAGCCAUCCAGCCGGGCGUGAACCGCUGCAAACUACUCUCCUGCAAGGAUUUCGACGUGCUCUACAGGGACUGCACUACAGCAAGACCGGGCAGGCCUCCGAAGCGUGCGUCCGGCGUGGGACUGUCCCUGGCCGCCACGCAGUUCCCCGGCCAUCCAUUCAAGAAGCACCGCCUCGAGAACGGCGAAUACUCACCUUACGAGAAUGGCCAUAUGAGCGAAAUGGCAAGGAUGGAAAAGUCUCCUCUACUGGCGAACGGGUACAACGCACCGCCUACGCACCUAGGGCCCAUGGGAUUCAUGCAUCAGCACGCACUCAUGUCACCAGGCAUGCCCCACCAUGGUGUACCCCGGCCUGACGGCUCCAUAAUCAAAGGACAACCUAUGCACAAUAUGGAAGCACUCGCGAGAUCUGGUAUUUGGGAGAACUGUAGGGCAGCAUACGAAGACAUCGUAAAACAUCUCGAAAGAUUGCGCGACGAAAGAGGUGACAUGGAACGAGUUAUGGCGAUGGAUAAGGCGCGCGAGGGAUCACAUAACGGAUCAUCCCCCGGCCACAGUCCAGUCCUUAACCUAUCGAAGUCAGGUUCUGGUGGUGAACGAGACCGACCCGACCGGAGAGAUCAAGACCGUGGCGACCGAGGCGAGGGCUCAGCAAGCGGGAGGAGCUCAGCUGCCUCUCGACGCACCCCGCAGCCGCCACGCAUGCCUUCUGCAGCUACAGCAGCUGCGUCGCCUAGAACGCAUAGCGAUGAUAGUGACGCAGCACUGUCUGAUCAAGAAGACCAUAAUGUUAAAGACGAAGAUGAAGGUGCUGACCUAAGUGAUGGUGAACGCGAACUGCCUGUGUCGUCGUCACCAGCGCCGGUGAGCUACGCGGCACCGACAUCCACUCCCCCCUCUGUGCCCGUGGACCCCACCGCGGACACCCUGGUCUCUUCCACCGAGACUUUACUGCGGAACAUCCAAGGACUGCUCAAGGUCGCCGCCGAUAAUGCAAGACAACAGGAGAGACAGAUUAGCUACGAAAAAGCUGAAUUAAAAAUGGACGUUCUCAGAGAAAGAGAGGUGAAAGAUAAUUUAGAGAGACAACUUUUGGACGAACAGAAAAUGAGAGUUAUGUAUCAAAAGCGGCUAAAGAAAGAGCGGAAGCAACGGCAACAAGUUCAAGAACAACUAGAUAUGGAACUAAAAAGGAAACAAAAGAUAGAAGAGGCACUGAAGCAGUCCGGAGCACCUGCCGAAAUCCUUAGAAUUGUUACUGAGAAUUUAUCACCGCCGGUGCAGGAGACGCCUCGGUCGGAGCGCGAGAACGGUUCGGAAAGCAAACCGCCGAGCGCGGAACCACCCGCGGCCUCACCCCCCUUCCAACGGGAACCCCCCCGUACGCCAGACAAGCCGCAAUGGAACUACCCCCCGCCACCUGUCGACAUCAUGAGUGGAGGAGCUGCCUUCUGGCAAAACUACUCUGGUAUGCUUUCUUUACUUCUUAUAAGAUAAAGAAUUAGCGAUACGGAAUUAAAGAUCUGAUGUUAUAUUAGUGACGAUACUAUCUAAAAUUAUUAUUUUCUACUAAUGAAAUUAUGUACAAUAUAUCACAUAUAUUCUAAAAGAUAUUGUAUGAUUACGGUGGAUUCAUAAUGCAUUUUUUAAGAAAAAAAAAACGGAAAAAGUAACCCUCGAGUUCUUAUAAUGAUUUCUAACUUGCUCCGACAUUUUUAUUCUCUGAGAUCCUUAUUUCCAGAUCAAUAAAACAUAAAAAUCCAAGUUUAAAAUUUUUUUGCGUAAUAAAUAACUAAUAUUGAAUUUUCCGACUGAAACAUCGGGAUAUGUUUGGUUUUUAACAAAGGGUCCAGAAAAAAUGUCGACAUAUGAAAUUUAUACUCGUCAUAUCCCAUACCGACUGCUUAUUGAGAAUUCAAAGAAUUUAAAAAUACGAAAUGAGCAAUAUUGCUUUUGCCGUUUGCUGCGCAUUCUAUUGGGGUUGAUCCCGUUUAU